AUUUGGUUUUGGAGCCCGGUUCUUUUACCGGCUGCUUGAACUGCUGAAACUGGGGCGCGAUUCAUGGGAUGCAACCAUGUCGGAUCUCAGUGAGCGCAGGCCAGUUAACAUGGACUACGCGGUCUCCCUGCUGGAGCAGCUCAACUUCUUCUAUGAGCAGAAGUUACUGACUGACGUGGUGCUGCUGGUGGAGGACAACGAGUUCCCAUGUCACAAGAUGGUCCUGGCCACAUGUAGCUCCUAUUUCAGGGCAAUGUUUAUGAGUGGGUUGUCUGAGAGUAAACAGACUAAUGUUCACCUGAAGAACGUGGACCCUGCCACUCUCCAGAUCAUCAUCACCUACGCCUAUACAGGCAACCUGGCUAUCAAUGACAGCACUGUGGAGCCACUCUAUGAGACCGCCUGCUUCCUACAGGUAGAGGAUGUGCUACUGCAGUGCAGGGACUACCUGGUGAAGAAGAUCCAUGCAGAUAACUGUGUCCGGAUGCUGAGCAUCGGGGAUCUGUUCUCUUGUGUGGAGCUGAAGCAGAGCGCCAAGCGCAUGGUGGAACACAAGUUCCCCGUGGUCUACCGUCAGGAGGCCUUCCUACAGCUGUCCCACGAGCUGCUGGUCGACGUGCUGUGCUCAGACAACCUCAACGUGGAGAAGGAGGAGACGGUGAGGGAGGCUGCCAUGCUGUGGCUGGAGUAUAACAUGGAGGCUAGGUCCCAGUACCUGUCCUCAGUUCUCAGCCAGAUCCGCAUCGACGCUCUCUCCGAGGUGACUCAGCGCGCCUGGUUCCAGGGCCUACCGCCUAACGACAAGUCUGUCGUAGUGCAGGGCCUCUACAAGUCCAUGCCCAAGUUCUUCAAACCCCGCCUUGGUAUGACCAAGGAGGAGAUGCUCAUCUUCAUAGAGGCCACGUCAGAGUGGCCGUCUGACAUGGGUCAGGUGAUGACAGGCCCCAACCACACGGUGGUGUGUUACAGCCCGCAAGCCGAGAAGGUCUACAAGCUCAGCAACCCGCCGGGCUACCUCCAGAAGGUUGGGACGCUCGUCACACCCGACAACGACGUGUUCAUCGCCGGCGGGCAAAUCCCGCUGAAGAACUCGAUCGCCAACCACGGGAAGAGCGGUGGCAAGCAACAGGCAGUGUUCCGAUCGGUGGAUAGCUUCUUCUGGUUUGACGCCCAGCAGAAUGCCUGGGUGCCUAAGACGCCCAUGCUGUGUGCCCGCAUCAAGCCCUCUCUGGUCUACUGCGAGGGUUACAUUUACGCCAUCGGGGGGGACAACGUAGGCGGGGAGCUGAAUAAACGUACCGUAGAACGCUAUGACUGUGAGAAAGACGAGUGGGCUAUGAUGAGCCCCCUCCCUUGCGCCUGGAACUGGACCACGUCCGUAGCAGCCCACGACUGUAUCUACGUGAUGACCCAUGACCUCAUGUACUGCUACUUCCCUCGCGCUGACACCUGGGUAGAGAUGGCCAUGAGGAAGACAAGUCGCUGCUUCGCCUCCGCUGCCACCUUCGGUGACCUCAUCUUCUAUAUCGGGGGGCUCCACGUUGUCUCCAACUCGGGCGUCCGCAUGCCCACCAGCACCAUCGACGGCUCCUCCGUCACCGUGGAGAUCUACGACGUCGGCAAGAACGAGUGGCGCCUGGCCGCCAACAUCCCUGCCAAGCGCUACUCGGACCCGUGUGUGCGGGCCGUGGUGCUCCUUGGCUCUCUGUGCAUCUUCAUGCGGGAGACUCACAUGAACGAGCGCGCCAAGUACGCCAUCUACCAGUACGACCUGGAGCUGGACCGCUGGUACCUCAAGCAGCCCGUGUCUGAGCGCGUGCUCUGGGACCUGGGGAAGGACUUCCGCUGCGCUGUGGGGAAGCUAUACCCAUCCUGUCUGGAAGAAUCCCCGUGGAAACCACCCACCUACCUGUUUUCCCCCGACGGGGCCGAGGAGUUUGAGGUGGACGGAGAGAUGGUCUCCCUCCCUCACAUAUAGCUCUUAACCUUCCUCCUCUCUGCCCCCAAACUGAGUCCCUGAAUUGCCCUCUGAACUCUGGGUGUGACGUGUCGAGGGAUGGACCUGAAUGCCAGAGGGGUAGGUUUGAUGUCUGUCUGUUCCAAAGGGAUCUGAGCGCUACAAGGCUAUUCUGCCGGCUGGCUGUUGCUGACAAACAAGCUUAUACAAAGCCUCAGACAUUGAAAAUAUAGGAGAGAAACGAAAAAGUAAUAUGGAAAAAAAGUAGAUUUGUUUUUUCUUUUGUCCGUUGCAACUUCAAGUCUGUUAUACUGUUUCUACAAUGUGAUAAUUGAAAGUCGACUGAUUUGUGAUGAUGCACUUACUGGCGAAAAGCUCCUUGGAAUAACUGUACCAAAAUCCUCCUGGUCUCCACCUCUUUCUCUCACCACUGUUGUAAACCCACAUCCAUCUCUCCUAGGGACACAUGGCCUGUGUCCCAGCCAUAUGGUACCCUAUUCCCUAAGUAGUGCACUAAAUGGGUAAUACGGUGCCAUUUGGGAUGCUCAUAGUAUAGGAACAUACAGGGCCAAGUGUUAGGGGGGGGGGGGGUUAUGGGAGAGAAGGGGUUCUAGGUGGUGACUGCAGGUCCAGUCACUCUACCCGUUUUUUUUCUUCACCUCUGUUCCAGACACGCAACCCCCUGCCUCUCCCCUCACUCCUCUAGUCCCCUGCUCACACUAACACCACUCUAGCCUGCCUGUCUCUUAGGCUGUGUCCCAAAUGGCACCCGACUCCCUACAUUGGGCCCUACUUUUGACCAGGGUGCAAAGGGCCACCAUAGGCUUGUUGAGCUGGCACUGGAGCUCUUGCCAAAAGUAGCGUCCUAUAUAGGGUUCCAUUUGGGAGGCAUCCUUAGUCAAUCUCUCUGGACACAGGUCUUCCACAGAGCCAGCCAGCGGUUUACAGAACGGAGCUCACCCUAACCAACCGCCAUAUCGUCGUGAUGGGAGGAUCUAUGCCGGCUCUUAUUUUUGACAAGCGCGGGUCUCUGCAACAACACACGCCUCCUUCACUCUCUCAAUACUCUCGUCAACUAUAGAUUUUUGGGCUCAUGCAUUUUUUUUUCUUUCCCUAAGCUGCUGAAAUAUAUAUAAUUAUAAAAAUAUAUAUUUUUCAUAUGUUUAAAAA